GCCUUAACUAUGAACUUUUUAUCAGCGGAUUAUGUUGUGGUUGGUGGUGGAGUUUGUGGUGUGUGUAUAGUUGAUGAAUUAAAUGAAUUAUUGAACAGUGAAGAAGUUCCGGGUACUUCAGAUAAUUCUAUAAUUUUUGUUAGUGGUCUUGGUGGAUAUAUAAAGCGGGCAGUAAAUAUUAAAAAGGUUGGACAAAUAUCGACAUCUUUUGAUAUAAAAUCUUUAAAUUCCAAUAUAUUUAAUGAAUCUAAAAGAAUAACUUGUUUAAAUGAUGAAGUAAAUAAAUGGAUUCCUAAAGAAAAGAAGCUAAUUCUAAAAAGUGGAAAAAUUAUUUCUUACAAAAAAUUAGCAAUUGCUACUGGCGCUUCUCCCAAACAAACAAUUCAAUCAAAUCCUUUAAUUAUUCGACUUCGUGAUACUCAAACAAUUAAUGAUCUUAAAGAGGCUCUUUCUAAUUCUCGACGUGUUUUAAUUUUUGGAAAUGGGGGAAUUGCUUCAGAAUUAGCGUGA